UCACAUCUUUUCCCAUAUGGAGGGAUAGUAUCAAGCUUACUCUUGUUGCCUAAUAACUACUAUAUAAAAAAUAUAUCUGGAUAUCUAAAUUUUUCCAAAUUAAAGGCCGUGGUUUUAACGACCUUUUGAGUCACAGAAUGUCCGCCAUAGGAAUAAAUGGCUUUGGACGUAUCGGUCGGAUGUUCGCUCGGCAAGCCCUGGUGCGCAAGGAUGUUAAGAUCGUGGCCAUCAACGAUCCCUCACUGGAUCCCAAGUACCUGGCCUAUAUGUUUCGCUUCGACUCCACUCACGGCCAGUUCAAUCACAAGAUCUCCGUGGAGGGGAACACCCUAAUCGUAAAUGGCAAGAAAAUUAAGUUGCUCAAGGAAUCGGAUCUCAAGAAGGUGAAUUGGUGUGAGCUGGGCGUGAACACAGUGGUGGAAUGCUCCGGUAGGUUUACCACCUUGAAAGCUUGCCAGGCUCAUUUGGAUAGUGGGGCUAAGAAGGUGGUCAUUUCGGCUCCAUCAGCCGAUGCUCCCAUGUUUGUCUGUGGAGUUAAUCUGCAUGCAUACAAACCGGGUAUGAAGGUAAUCUCGAAUGCUUCGUGCACCACCAACUGCCUUGCGCCGCUGGCCAAGGUAGUCCACGAUAAUUUUCAGAUAUGCGAAGGGCUGAUGACCACUGUACACGCGGCUACUGCUACCCAGAAGAUCAUCGAUGGACCCAGCGGUAAGAUGUGGCGGGAUGGACGCAGUGGCAUGACCAACAUCAUUCCAGCUGCCACUGGAGCCGCCAAAGCAGUGGGUAAAGUGAUCCCAGAUCUUAAUGGAAAGCUCACUGGAAUGGCUUUCCGAGUGCCAGUGCCCAAUGUUUCGGUUGUGGACCUAACAUGUCGCCUCGUUAAGCCUGCCAAGAUGGACGAUAUUAAGAAGUGCAUUAAGGCAGCAGCCGAAGGAGAUAUGAAGGGCAUUCUCGGUUAUGUGGAGGAUGAGGUGGUGUCCACAGACUUUAAUGGCUCACGAUUUGCCUCUGUCUUCGACGCGAAAGCCUGUAUUGCCCUUAAUGAUAACUUCGUUAAGCUUAUUAGUUGGUAUGAUAACGAGACGGGUUACUCCUGUCGACUCCUGGACUUGGUUCUCUAUGCCGAAUUGGCUGACAAGUGCGCUGAGAAGGAAAAGGACUCUUGCAAGGAGAAGGAAGAUCCUUGUAAGAAGAAGAAGGAUCCUUGUAAGGAAAAGUAAAUCAAGGCAUUAAAUAUUUUAAUCUUGGACAGAAA